GCUGACCUGAGGGUAUAAAAGGGCAUUGGACAGAGGUUGUCAGGACAGAAAGUUUAAGGAGACUGCAGAUAUGCUCAGGUUUCUUCUGUUGACCUCUCUUGCAGCCCUGGUUCUGGCUGAACCCCAGCCCAGGUACCUGGAGGACAGUGUUGGUGAACCAAGAGUUGUGGGAGGAAGGGUGGCCAGACCUAACUCAUGGCCAUGGCAGAUCUCCCUUCAGUACAAAUCUGGAAGCUCCUUCUACCACACCUGUGGAGGAACUCUUGUUCGGAGAGGAUGGGUCAUGACUGCUGCUCACUGUGUGGACAGAUCAAUGACUUGGCGUGUCGUUCUUGGAGAUCAUGACAUCAACAACAACGAGGGAAAAGAGCAGUACUUGAGCGUGAGCCAGGUCUACAUCCACCCUAACUGGAACUCCAACAAUGUUGGAGGUUACGACAUUGCUCUGCUGCGUCUGUCCACUGACGCUGUCCUCAACAACUACGUCCAGCUGGGCAUUCUUCCUCCCUCCGGUCAGGUUCUGGCCCACAACCACCCUGCUACAUCACUGGAUGGGGACGCAUUCGGAGUGAGUCAAACACAAUUUCACACCAAGAUGAUUAACAUGGUGGACGUUCAGAUAGCUCUGGCUGGUGGGGCAGCACUGUGA